AUGGUGCUUUACAGUCAUGUGAGCCCUGCCGGCGUUCAAAACAACGAUGUGAUCAUGAACGACCCUGCUUCUAGUCCCGGGUCUCUGGGAGGCGGGCGUAUCUUUGCGACUGCAGAGCCUCCAUCUGCGUUACCCGGUUAUCUAGGAUCGACAAGUUUUGCGGCUGUUCUGACAGAGCAUCGAAAUGAGAUCCCUUUUGAGCCUGAAGAGACUACAGAUUCAUAUCCGGUCCUAUCAGUGGAGCCGGAGCGGGCCCAAUCUGGGGCCGACGUGUUACUGUUCCUCUAUAAUCUCACCUUCCGCCAAAGCCUGGUUGACAAGUUCUAUCUUCGAUCAUGGAAUGCCGUCGUACCCAAAAUUGUUCUAGAUGCUAUACUCACUUCCAUACAGGAGAUCUUUGGUGGAUUAAAUGCCAAUGAUCCAAUGCCGCAGCUGCGGAAUUUGGCCACUUUGAUCUUCCAGAACUCUUCACGGGCAAUGACAACUCAUCAGGCAAUGACCGUUCAAGAGUAUUGUGCUUCCUUCACAGGCCGCAAUUUACGUUGGGAGGCACUGGCAAAUAUCUUUUCUGUCUGUGGCCAGCAGCUUGUCAUCACACCGGAUAAUGAUCCCGAGGUCUCCCAGGAGAGCACUAUAUGUCUGAAUUUCUGUGAUCAGGCUUCGUCGGCCAAUGAGCUCCUGGCAUAUCUGCAAUAUAAUGAUGUCAUGCUUUUAACACAGCAGUAUGGCGAUUCAAGCUACAAGGCAUGGCGUCGACUGGGUGAUUUGGUCGCUACAAUCUAUGCGGCAGGAAUCCAUCUUGAUACGGACAGUUCCGAGAAUUGUCCCUUUUUCCUUCGCCAAUGGCGCAGAGGAUGCUUUAUUUCGGCUUUCUAUAUGGACAAGAUGAUGGCAACUUUUGUUGGUCGACCACCUCUCAUGAACUACCGAUAUUGCACUCUAGUCCCACCACUUGAUCUGAGUGACGAAGAUCUAGUUGCGGGCGGAGAGACUCUUGAACGAGCAAUUUCCGAUCUUGAUAGCAAUGGCUGGAACACAAAAGGUGUUCGGAAUCGACUGAGCACCUCGCGAGUUAGAUUUCAUCUUGCCGUUUCAAGAGAACAGACCCUUGAUAUUGCAUUAGGGACCCCUGAAAGUCGCAGUCUUGUCCGAAAGUCAAACGAAAUCGAAGAGAAUAUGCGAACGAUCUGGGCUGCAACACCGGAUUAUCUUCGAUAUGAUCGCGAACAAGCCCAUGACUUCCAUCAUGGGUGGUUGACGAUCGUUUACCUAUAUCUUAAUUACCUUUACACCUGUUUCCUCCUUCAGAGAGCUCUGAUCAAGCAUACUAAUACCGGAAGAGCUGCGCUUUGUGAUGUAUCCCGCCGCGUCCUUGCCAUUGUCAUUACUAUCACUUCGCAACGACAUCCCAUGGUGGAUCUUGAUCGACAUUAUUCUUGGAUUGCUCUCACAUAUGGCCUUCCAAGUGCCAGUGUUCUUCUCGUAGAGCUUCUGCACCAGUCCCAUGAGCCCGGGCCCCAUGCCGUUGCUCUCCCCCGCGCAGAACUGAUCCGAAAUAUCAGCGUCUUCAUCUCAUUACUAUCCUGGGUAUCACGACCUGGGCAUGGAAACUAUCAUACAUGUCGCGAGGCGGAAAAGAAACUAUCUCGCAUUCUCGAUCAAUUGUUGGACCCCCAGCCUGUCCAGGCAGAUAUGGUCCACGAUGUUACUUCUGGCCUGUCUAGCUUCUUGGAUUGGUCGAACUACAAUGCUUGGGACUUUAAUACGGAAUACUUCCCCAGUGCGGAUGGGUUUGCCCCUUGA